GCCGGCCCGCAGUCCAGCCGGAGUGCGCCUGCGCGCCGCGGGGGGCGGUCGGGCGGGGCUCCAGCCUGAAAGGUGCGUGCUGGGCUGGGUCCCGAGUGGGAGACGUGGAGAGCAGGUAAUGCAUGUCCAUGGUACAAAUAUUCACAAGGUUCGUAGACAAGAGAUGUGGGGUUCUUUUCUCUCUUUCCCUGUGGGCUCCCUUUCCCACACGGGGGCUCUAGGAUGGAGUAUAGCAAAGCCAAUCGCUCUGCCAUGUACUCUCCCCCUAUCCAGCCCAGGUUGGCUGGACCGUAUCUGGGGGGCCGGACCCCCCUUCUCCCUGCAGUGAGCCCAGACCUGCGUGCUCACUGCGCAAACUCCCUGCUGCAAUGGGCGGGGCCUCCUCUAGCCCCGCCCCCUCCUUCCUCCCGCCCCUGCUCAGCCUGUUGGGGCAGAAGCUGGGGCCCCGUGGAGGUAGCAGCUGCCGCCUGCGGAGUAACACCGAGGCCCUGCUGGGUUUGGAGACCCUGACACACCCACUUUCCCGCCUGGGAUCUGCGUAUCCCCUGGCUGCCUAGCAAGAUGAAGCCUAAACUGAUGUACCAGGAGCUGAAGGUGCCUGCUGAGGAGCCCGCCAAUGAACUUCCCAUGAAUGAGAUCGAGGCAUGGAAGGCUGCAGAAAAGAAAGCCCGUUGGGUCCUGCUGGUCCUCAUCCUGGCGGUUGUGGGCUUCGGUGCCCUGAUGACUCAGCUGUUUCUAUGGGAAUACGGCGACUUGCAUCUCUUUGGGCCCAACCAGCGCCCAGCCCCCUGCUAUGACCCUUGCGAAGCAGUGCUGGUGGAGAGCAUUCCCGAGGGCCUGGACUUCCCCAAUGCCUCCAUGGGCAACCCCUCCACCAGCCAGGCCUGGCUGGGCCUGCUUGCCGGUGCCCACAGCAGCCUGGACAUCGCCUCCUUCUACUGGACCCUCACCAACAACGACACCCGCACUCAGGAGCCCUCUGCUCAGCAGGGCGAGGAGGUCCUCCGGCAGCUCCAGACCCUGGCUCCCCGAGGUGUGAAGGUCCGAAUUGCCGUGAGCAAGCCCAACGGGCCCCAGCCCCAGGCGGACCUGCAGGCCCUGCUGCAGAGCGGUGCCCAGGUCCGCAUGGUGGACAUGCAGAAGCUGACCCAUGGCGUCCUGCACACCAAGUUCUGGGUGGUGGACCAGACCCACUUCUACAUCGGCAGCGCCAACAUGGACUGGCGCUCCCUGACCCAGGUCAAGGAGCUGGGCGUGGUCAUGUACAACUGCAGCUGCCUGGCUCGAGACCUGACCAAGAUCUUCGAGGCCUACUGGUACCUGGGCCAGGCGGGCAGCUCCAUCCCAUCAACCUGGCCCCGGCCCUAUGACACCCGCUACAAUCAAGAGACACCGAUGGAAAUCUGCCUCAAUGGAACCCCUGCUCUGGCCUUCCUGGCAAGCGCGCCCCCACCACUGUGUCCGAGUGGCCGCACUCCAGACCUCAAGGCCCUGCUCAACGUGGUGGACAACGCCCGGAGUUUCAUCUAUAUUGCGGUCAUGAACUACCUGCCCACCAUGGAGUUCUCCCACCCGCGCAGGUUCUGGCCGGCCAUCGACGACGGGCUGCGGCGGGCUGCCUACGAGCGGGGCGUCAGGGUGCGCCUGCUGGUCAGCUGCUGGGGACACUCCGACCCAUCUAUGCGGGCCUUCCUGCUCUCCCUGGCUGCCCUGCGGGACAACCACACCCACUCUGACAUCCAGGUGAAACUCUUCGUGGUCCCUGCGGAUGAGGCCCAGGCCCGAAUCCCUUACUCCCGCGUCAACCACAACAAAUACAUGGUGACUGAACGUGCCACCUACAUUGGAACCUCCAACUGGUCUGGCAGCUACUUUACUGAGACGGCGGGCACCUCGCUGCUGGUGACACAGAACGGGCGGGGUGGCCUGCGGAGCCAGCUAGAGGUCGUCUUUCUGAGGGACUGGGACUCCCCUUACAGCCAUGACCUCGACACCCCUGCCGACAGCGUGGGCAACGCCUGUCGCCUGCUCUGAGGCCCGGUCCAGUGGACAGGCCGCGCCCGCGAGGCCCCCCACAGGUGUUCUGGGUCUCUGUCCCUGUCCCCGUGCCCCCUGCUUCUGUCUGCCUCAUUGCGGCUCCAACAGGCUCCUUCCCGCUCUCCCACCUCUACCUCCGCCCCCACUGGCCUGACGCUGUGGCCCCAAGAGGGCCCAGCUGAGCUGGGGGAGGGGUCAGCCCCCGAAGAAGUGGGGGUGCAUGCUGGGCCCGGCCCCCUGGCCCACCCCACUUUCCAGGGCAUAGAGGGCCCAAGGUCAUAAGAAGUAAAUAACUUGUCUGUACAGCCUGGGCCUGACUGAGUGUGUGAGGGGUGAGGGGGGUCAAGCAGGGCACAGCUGGCAUGGACCUUUGGCGGGGACAUCUUCCCGUGUGCCGAGCCCUCAGCUUGUGACCAGGGUGGCUUGGUGCGUACUGAACACUCAGCAUGUGUCCGGUCUGGGCUGAGCCCUCCUGGGUGACCACAGAGUGCUGAGCCGACACCUGUGACCUCGUGGGCUGGCAUGAACUGAGCCUCACGUAGCCAGCCUGUGGCCGUGUGUGCCGUACGCUCUGCAUGUUACCAGCCAGAUGAGCACGUGCCAAGCCCCUGCCAUAUCCCAGGGCUGGAUUUGCACGUCUGGGCACUGGAGCAUGCACCAAGCGUGAAUUUACACCUGCCAUGUGAACUUACACUUCGCAUGUCCGGAGCAUGGAUGAGUGCAUGCCAAGCCUGUAAACCUGUGGCCAGGACAGGUCAGCAGAUGAUGAACUUGGCAGUUGGCAAGUUCAGAUGGGCACCUGCUGAACACUGAGAAUGUUCUGAGGGUGGAUUCUUGCUUGCCAAGCACGGAGCAUAUUUAGGGGAUGGGUCAGCAUGCCAAGCACAGCCUCCAGCCUGAGCCAGUGGCAGGCUAGGGACAGCAGUGGAGCACCCCCUCCCGACAUCCCCCCCACCAGUCCGGGCCUCAGGCAGGGAGAACAAGCAUGAGGCAGUACUGCUGAAAAGUUCUUUAUUGAAAUAAACAGAGGCAGCAGGGCCAAGGGCGUGCUCAGGGCCAGUGGGGUACAGCCCCCUUCCUGCAUCCCUCUGGCCGAGGGGGACAUGGGCUAGACCCCAAAGCCCUCCUGUGUUCGGGGAGUGUGUGUGCCCUUCUCUACGGGUGGGGGAAAUGGGGAAUUUCUGGAUAACUAUCUUUCUGUAAGAAUAAUUUGUCAGGUCAGGGGAUGGCUCUGAGUGGGGGAUGCCAGCCCCACUCCAGCAGCCCCCAGGGAUGGGCAGGGGUUGGGGUCACCAUCAGUGGUGCCCACCGACGUGCUGCAGAAAACUGGUGGCCCUGGGUGGACCAUGAGGGUGGGUGUGGCGUGGUGGGAGCCCCUGAGCCCGUGGCCCCCGGAUGCCAUCCAGGGUCCAGUCUGGCUCACUUAGCCAUUCCCCAGGACAGCUGCUGGGGUCGAAGAGCUCAGGGCCUGGCCUCUGUUGGGGAGAGAAGAGAUGGGCAUCAGCCAAGAAGCGCCCCCCCAUCCCCCACCCCAGGAAGAGCCAGCCUGCCCCUCGCGAACUCCUUCCGGCCCCAACUAUAUCAUCCUUGUCACUUCCUGAGGACAAUUUUGUACAUCCUGAACCCUCAUCAUGUUUGGAAGCUUAAAUGGUGUGUGUGCUGAGAA